GAUUCGCACGCGAGCUAUUCAAAGUGACAUCAAGCCUUGGCCUCCACGACUGUGCUCCCAAACUCUGAUCCCACCCUUGCCGUCAUGGGCGCGGGCAGAAUUGCCAGACGUGCGUUCACGUUUUAUAAUGCGCCCUGCCCCAGCUUUAGUGAAAACUGCUUACCAGUCCCUACUAUAUCCCGCGUCACAUCCAGCCUCAGCACUAUAUAAUCCCCGACCUGACCCCGUCUCUUCAAUCUUGGAAGUCUAAUCUUGAAUACUUGCUAGCGCAUGUCCAGUCGAUCCGUUCGCUUGUCUCAGCACGUACACGCACUCGAACAUGUUGCACGCUAUUGAACCGACACACGCUGCCCCAGUGCACUAUGCAUCGCUGCCUACACCUCCCACAUCUUCAGCCGGCUCACCGUCUACAUCCUCCACCAAUCUGAGUAAAACCGCCGCAAUGACGGUCCCUCAACGACACCACAUUCUCAUCGUCACUGGUCCUGCAGGAUGCGGAAAGAGCACCAUUGCCAAGGUCCUCAGCGACCGUUACGGAUUUGAGUAUAUUGAGGGUGAUGAGUACCACCCAAAGGCCAACAUUGACAAGAUGGCUGCGGGCAUCCCGCUGAACGACGAAGACCGCUGGGACUGGCUGAUCCUGCUGCGCGACCAAGCACUCAAGGACCUCAAGAACGGGGCCAAGGGCGUUGUCAUCACGUGCAGUGCCCUGAAGAAGAAGUACCGCGACGUCAUUCGCACCGCCAGGCUGUACGACGAGGAGCCAGACGCCAACGUACACUUUGUGUAUCUGCGCGCCGACAAGGAGACGCUCCUCGCCCGUGUGCGCGGACGACAGGGCCACUACAUGAAGGACAGCAUGGUGGAGAGCCAAUUUGCGGUGCUUGAGGAGCCAGACGAGCUGGAGAUCAAGCAGCUCAAGGACGUUGAGAUUGUCGAAGUUAAGGGCACCAUCGCGGACGUGUCGCAGCUCGCGUCCGACGCUGUCGACAAAGUCCUCCUCUCGCGGUAGCACAUGAACUGCAGCUCG